GACAGAUGAGGAUACAGUGACAUAACAGAGACGGCCCCGGCACUUGUUGCACCCUGUAACUGUUAUCAGCGCCACGGGUUCAUUUGUUUCCCUUUCUCCUUGGGUAGCCUGGCUCCUCUCUUUUUGGGUAGGGGCUCUGCCACGGAAGAUCCUCCCCAACUGGGGAACCAGAAUGUUUUAGAAAGCUUCCGUGGGAGCUUUUGAGGAGGGAGAGAGAGAGAGCAUCCAGCUGUUGCUUGAAGUGGCCACCUUUCAGGCUACGGGCAGUGGCUCCUGCCUAUGACAACAUGACUGACUCGGCUUCUGCUAACGGGGACAGCAAGGACCCUGAAAUUGAGCUCUUCGUGAAGGCUGGAUCAGAUGGCGAAAGCAUUGGGAACUGCCCAUUCUCUCAGCGUCUCUUCAUGAUCCUGUGGUUGAAAGGGGUUGUGUUCAAUGUCACCACUGUGGACCUGAAAAGAAAGCCAGCUGAUCUGCACAACCUGGCCCCUGGGACCCAUCCACCAUUUCUGACAUUCAAUGGGGAUGUUAAGACUGAUGUCAACAAGAUUGAAGAGUUCUUGGAGGAGACCUUGACCCCGCAAAAGUACCCCAAACUGGCUGCUAAACACAGGGAAUCCAACACAGCUGGGAUUGACAUCUUCUCCAAGUUCUCUGCAUAUAUUAAGAACACAAAACAACAAGAUAAUGCCUCUCUUGAAAGGGGCUUGACAAAGGCUUUGAAGAAACUAGAUGACUACCUGAACACACCCCUGCCUGAGGAGAUAGAUGCAGAUACUUGUGGAGAUGAUGAGAAGAUCUCCAGGCGCAAGUUUCUGGAUGGGGAGGAGCUGACCCUUGCUGACUGCAAUCUGCUACCCAAACUCCAUGUGGUCAAGAUCGUAGCCAAGAAAUACCGCAAGUAUGAGAUCCCUGCAGAGAUGACAGGUCUAUGGCGGUACCUCAAGAAUGCCUAUGCACGGGAUGAAUUCACCAACACCUGUGCAGCUGACAGUGAAAUCGAGAUGGCUUAUGCUGAUGUAGCCAAGCGACUCAGCAAAUCUUGAACUCUCUCUCACCCUGUCUUGUCUCAGCUGCAAAAGAACUUAUUCUCCACCAAAGACUCCUGCUUCAUAGACUAUUUCUUCCCUAUUGCCUUGGGAAAUUUUAUUUUUUUUUUCAUUACCAAGUCUUGCUAAUGUCACCAUAACAUCAGCACUUGUCUUUCAGAAAGAUCUAGAACUCAUCUGGUCUUACCCAUUGGGGAAAUUGAAGGGCAGAGGUGCAAAAUCCCAUCAGUUAAUCUCUUCAGGCACUGGUCUGAUCUUUGUUUAGUCCAAGUGCGUGAAGCCCUCUCACACUUGGAAUUGUUUAGCUGGCUAUUCUGCCAACAUCUCAAACCAUGUUCUUGAGUGGAUUAGGAACAUGUAAGCAACACUGACUCCUCUUCUCCCCUUUUCAUUGACCCCAGUGACUAAGGGUAUGAGCCACAUUUAAACAGAUCUUGUCCGAGGCAGAAUUUUUGCCUCAACAUGAGAGGUAGAAGGCAUGUGACAAGGAUGAGGUGGGUGGAUUGCUGGAUUCUGGCAAAUACACUUUCAGCCAGAACCUUUUAGCAACCCUCUUGCCAGUGAGUCCCAGAUAAAGAGAAAAAUGAAUACUACUUAGUCACUGGUACAGCUGGCUCAGCUGCUACCUUUGGUGCUGGUAAUGUUGUUAAAAUGCUGCCCAGCAGUAAUUAAUCUAAACUUUCACUUGUCUCAGACUGGUGGGAAAGAGGGUGAACACACAAUUUUCAACCCGUGUACUCAAAGGCCAAGGGAAAAGCAGGUGACCCAGAGGGAGAAGAGGGCACAGGGGUGAAGCAAUGUUGAUGCCAAAAGGCCCACUGGGUCUGCCAGCCAGUGGGGAAUGCUUGAGCACUGAUAUUUGCUUGCCACUGGGUUGGGCAUAUUUAUCAAUGUAUAUGUUUUGAUUCAUGGGGAAGGGAGAAAAAUGAGUUCUCUGUGGGGCUUACAUGCUGAGAUCUGCCAGGCAGGUCUUGUUUCUUCUUCUCUAGGUCUUGGGAUGAUGCAUAUCUCAUUACCACCAACCUUCCACCCAAAGAACUAAGAAAUGGCCAAAAGAUUUCCCUUCAAUUUCUCCUGGUUUUACUUGUCUACUGACUUCCUUAGAUGAGUCCAUCCAGUUGCUUCUGGAUUUAUAUUAGCAGCAGUCUCCACUGCAUGAGCAUUACCGUUGGUCUAUGGCUUGAGUACUGAGAAUCUUAAGGAGAAAUUCCAUGACAUUUUCAUACUGAGGGAGCUAUGGGUUUUGAACUUGAGUUCAACAUGAUUUAUAUCCUAUUUUGUGAAAUACACUAACCCAUCCAAGUCAUGUUUCCUAUCUUAAAUGUUCUCUGCCAAUUACAAACAGGUGGCUGACAUCAGAGAUAUAGCUAAGGUAGGGUCACCAAAGAUUGGUCCAUGGGCACCAGACUUUAGAGGGUGCCAAAAGUACCAUCUUAUAGUACUCUUCCUUUUCCUCUCAUAUGAGCUACUCCUUCACCUGUUUCAACUUUAGUGAUGUUGGCCUUGUUUUGGGGAUGUGCUUCUUGCCCUAAGUGGACACUCCUGAGGCUCCAUUUCUACCUUCCUUUGACUUCUCAUCUUGCUCCCUGCCCCUCCCUCAAUUUUUCCCUGCAAAAAAUUCCUUGUUAUGACUCUGAUCAACAUUUUACCUGCUGGUUUUGCCUCUAUCACGUUUCCUUUGUAACAGAAGGAUUCUGGGAAAAGGGAGCUUAAAAAAUGAACUGUCCACCUGCUGUGUCUCCCAAUGAAUUCAUUGUGAGGAACACUAUCUUGGGGCAGCGGCCAGACUCAACAACACCUCCCUAUUUAUUGUCUGCUGGCAGAGUAAGCAGGUUUAAGAGUACAUCAAAACCACUAAAUUUGAUUCAACAUUUCCCACAAUGGUCAAGACAGAUGGGUAUUGGUCUCUCCAUGGGAACAGCACCAAAUCCUGGAAACAGAGAAGAAUCUCCCUUCCCCCUGGGAUUUGGGAGAGGGAAAUGACACCUUGACCAGAAGACAGAAAGUGGAAAGGAUGUACCUUAAUUCUCAAUAUUUUGCCUUUUGCCGGUAGGAGGAAAUGACUCAGUAAAACUUUUGUAAGCCCUGGGGGGUGGAGGGAAAACAGGAUUGAAAGCAUAGAAUGAGCCGAUUCAGUUCUCAGUCUCAAAGAACCUUUCCAUGGGCUCCAUGGAAACCCUGCUACUUGAGAUGUUUAAACAUGAGACCUGAUGAGGAAAUCAACCAUUUUUACUGUAGGAAAAUGUCCUGAAUUGGGCCCUGGGGGCUGAUGACCUGAAUGGUUCCAGCGGUCUUUUAAUUAGUGUGAAAUCCUGUCAUGCUCAGAAAUGCUUCCUUGGCCCUAUAGAACAAAGUAGAUGACCUGGAAGAGACUUUACAUUUCUCACUUCUAUGAGCCUCCACACCAUCACCCUUUUUUCCCUUAAAACAUGUUCAAUUAGUAUACACAGGGACUUACUGUCAGCUCCAAGGCAGGGCAGCUUCAGUGAGAGUUUUAAAUGGAAUGCAAGUAACUCUGAUGGAUACCCCAUCUCUUAAAAUAGAGAAUCACUUAAAAAUAGCAUCCUUAGAGCCGGCUAUGAUCUUGAUACCUGAGGUAACUCCAUGUGUAAUAAUCAUAGUCAAUAACUGAGUAUUUAUAAUGUUGCCAUAAAGGAUGGCACUUUUGGAUGAAAAUUAUAUAACAUUUGAUUAAUGUCCAGUUUUUUUAUAGUAUCUUAAGACUAGAUGGAUUGGAAUAAGGCAUAGUGGAAGCCCUGAGCUGAGAGUCAGAAUAUCUGGAUUUUCAUGUUGAUUUGACUUCUAAGUCACUGUGUGGCCUUGAUCAACUUAUGUCCCUUCUUUAGGCUUCACUUUCCUUGCCUGUUAAACCAGAUCAGAUGACCACUUUCUUUAACUCGUUGACCUUCUGUAGUUCUAAUCACACCCACAAUAACAUUACCGCCUGGUCAUAUUUUUGGAAAUCCUUGCAUUCUCCUCUAGAAAUUUGCUUGUAGAUCUGGUGAUUAUCAUACAUACUAUCUGCUCACUAUACAAUCAUAGUGAGAGAUUGGACCAGCUCUAGAUCUGUGUUCCUAUGAACUAAAUUUCUGGAAUGAAUUAGAAUUAAGGAGGGGAAGGCAAAAAAAGAAUUAGGUCUCUCAAGGAAGAAUAUUUACAACUCAAGUGACCCAUGAUAAGAGAAGUGUGAGCAUCCACAGCCAAAUCUACAUUGACCCAUAGCAAUUUCCUGAUGAAUGCCUCUGUGAGACAACUUUUUCUACUCUCCAGGUAAUGCCCCCUCUUCUUAGAGUAAAUCCAAGAUACUCCUUCCUGGACAGAUACAACAUUAAUCUCAUGAUUAUAAUAGAACUAAGAAAGUUACUGUGUUUGACAUCGCUACUUUUCAUUAUUAUUUAAGUCCCAUUUAAAUUCCUUCUGUUCCCUCUGAAGUGAUCUUUUCUCAUGGUGAGGAAACUUUUUUCUAACUCAUGACCUUUUGAACCAUUCUGUUUCCAAGGAAGAAAAAGGCAGACCAACCUUCACCUAUUUGGCUUUUGAGUUCAAGCCCAAUACAUUGGUACCCUCAUAAUAUAUGAAAGAAAAUUGUGACAUUUCCCCUAUCUCUUCCAGGACUGUUCCAAUUCAAGCUCGCAUCCUAUCAGAGAUUUGUUACAUAUAAAGCUGAUACUGGGUGUGUUUAAAGAAGGCAGAAGCCAUCUUCCAUGGCAGAAACUACAUCUCCCUAAAUGAAUAUGGGGUUGAUUUUCUGAACAGCCCUGUUGGUGAAGGCUAGUCUUAAGGAGACAAGAAUCUAAGAUCUGGUUUAAACAAGUUCUCUUGAAACAGGCCAUGCCAGCAUUUAAAAUGGGAGCUGUCCAAUAGAGAUGUUUGAAUAUUUCUCUCUUUGCCUCUGUACUGAGCCUCUGACAGACCCUCCUAAAUCUAUGGAUUGAGUUAAUAUUUUUCUUUUUCACAAGAAGGAGCAUUUUGUUUGCAGACAAACUCCAAGACAAAGUCACCUGAUUCUCACUAGACCUUUAACUGUAUGGAUAAAAUAACAGGACUUGCUGUGAAGCCUCAAUAAAUGUAAAAUACUUUUUAAAUGAAGGAAAAAAAAGUUGUUUUUUUCCUCCUCAUGGAUCUGCACCAUUUAUAAAAUUAUUUCCCAGUUUUGAUUGGUACUUGAUUCAAAUAAAAUUUGGUUUAUUUUCAAAUAUUACAAAAGGAUCAUCAAA